AUGCCUAUUCCAACUGAAGUCGUAGGCUCAUUGCCUCGCCCAACCUACCUACAGCAGGCUUUCGCCGAGUAUGACGCUGGAAAAAUUACCCACGAUGCCCUUGUCGCAGCCCAGGACAAGGCCGCCAAAGACUCCGUGGAGAGAAUGGAGGCUGCUGGAGAAACCUAUGUAACGGACGGAGAGCAGCGUGCCAGCUCUUUCGCGACAUAUCCAAUUGUGGAGACUCUCAAGGGCGCAGGUCUGCCUAGCAACUUUGUCGCCGAUGGUCAAUUCUUUGCUAUUUUUGAUGAUGGCCAUCACCGCCAGCUGCCACGUCUCGUCAAAGGACCUUUCAAAUACGCGACUUAUGCGUGGCAGAACCUCAAACAGUCCAAACCCUAUGCAUCUCAUCCAAUGAAGCAGGCCGUCAUUGCGCCGAGUAUGAUGUAUCUUCUAUAUCCCCUCCAGAGCGAACUCGAAGGCUACACCCGCGAGGAGUUUAUCAAAGACUUGGUUAAUGAGUGCGAAAAGGAUAUUCGAGGAUGCUUUGAAACAGGUGCAAAAAGAGUCUCAAUUGACUUCACAGAAGGUCGCCUCGCUUUGAAGCACGACCCUAGGAAUCCUUGGACAAACGCCGAGCUUCUCGAAACAUUCGUCAAAUUGAUCAACCAAGUCCUUGAUCGCUUCACUCCCGAAGAGCGAGUCAACAUUGGUCUACACACCUGCCCCGGUGGCGACUGCGACUCUGUGCACUCAAUGGAUGUCGAUUACAGCAAGCUAUUACCGUCACUUUUCCAGAUCCAUGCGGGCUACUUUUUGAUCGAGCUCUCGUCUGAGAAGAACAAAGAGGCUGUGUAUAAAUCGAUUGGGCAACAUAUUCGCAGGGAUGCCAACGGUAUCAAGCAGGUUGCUUUCAUUGGAGUCAUCAACACUCUCAACCCUGCUAUAGAAGACCCAGAGCAAAUUGCCGAGCAGUUGAUGCUUGCAAGCAAAUAUAUUCCCGUCGACCAACUAGGAGCAACAGAUGAUUGCGGCUUCUCCCCGUUCUCUAUCGACGACAAGCCUAGUCAUGGUAGUCCAGAUUUUGCCAGGGACAUUGCAUUCCAAAAGAUCUCGAGUCGUGUUAAAGGCGCCAAGCUGGCCAGCGAGAGAUUAGGCAUAUAA